AUGCACUUCUCGUUCGUCACCUCCUUUGUAGCUGUUGCGACCAUCUUUGGCUCUGCCAUGGCCGAAUCGCACACUGUGCACUUCAACAAUCAGUGUGGCCAUGGCACUCCGACUCUCGUUCAGAAUGGGAAGAUUCUUUCCACGGGAAAUGACUUCGUCUCUAAUGGACCUCUCAUCUCUGCCAUCGCCUACUUGCAGACAGGCAGCUGCGGAUUGGACGGCGAAGGCUGCACGCUCGUCGAGGCCACGCUGAAGAACCCGACUACUCCGGGUUCAGGCUCCUCCGCUGACAUCAGCCUGAUUCCGCCCCACACCUUCAGCGUUACUUCAGGCUUUGUGUACUCCGGCGGCUGCGACGGUGUAGGUGCCGAUUGCAAGGACGCGAACUGCCCGGAUGCGUUCCAUGACCCGAACCAGACGGGAGUGCAAAAGGCCUGCCAAGUUGACAACGUCAACCUGGAUAUCACAUUCUGUGACUGA